AUGGCUUCGCGUGGGCGCGGUGGCCGCGGAGGGCAAGGCUCUGGUGGUGGGCGGGGCGGCGAGGGCAGGGGGCGCGGGAUCGGUGGCCGCGUCGGUGGCGGCGGAGGUUACCCUCCACCCUACGGUCGCGGCGACGAAACCGGAGGCCGAGGCGGUGGCCUGGGCCGAGGGCGCGGGAUCGGGAUCGGCGGUUGCGGCGACGAGGGAGGCCGCGGACCCGGAGGCCGAGGUGGCGUCAGCUACCAGCAGCCGCCGCCACCGAUCGGGAACGUAGAGGGCAGCGUCGGCGUGGCGAUACCAGCCCGCCCCGCCGCGCCUCGCCCUCUAGCGCCGGUCGCUGCCCCGGCAUUUCCAGCAGCGGCCUCGUCUUCUGCGCCGGCGCAAGCGCUGCGAGCACCCGCCGGGGCGGCUGGACCUGGAGCUGCCUUGGCGGCAGGCAUGGGGAGGUUGGCCGUGGCGGACGACCCGGCUCCUCCCGCGCCUGCUGCAGUUUCCGUUAUUGAGCAAAUGUCUACAGCUUGCGCGUGCCCUACUUGCUGCCUUGUUGGUGUAAGGAGAGGGGUCACCGGUCACAUGUCUUCUUGUUCUGUUUUAAUCAAUCCUGAACCAAAGGCACGAAGAAUCAACAGGGUGAUUCUGUCAGAGCUUCUCAAGGUGCAUGGUGCAACAUCCCUCGCCCACAAGAUACCUGCCUAUGAUGGAAGCAAGAGCCUGUACACAGCAGGCGAGCUGCCCUUCAAAUCAAUGGAGUUUGUUCUCAAGUUAGGGCGCCGGGAAAUUGAGUACAAGGUGACAAUCCGAUAUGCGGCACGGCCAAACCUGUACCAUCUUCAGCAAUUCCUCGAGGGUCAGCAAAGGGACGCGCCAUAUGACACAAUCCAGGCACUGGAUGUUGCCCUAAGAGAGUCACCUUCUCUCAAUUAUGUCACUCUUUCUCGUUCCUUCUUCUCCAAGAAGUUUGGUGAUGGGGAGGACAUUGGUGGUGGGCUAGAGUGCUGGAGAGGAUAUUACCAGAGCUUGCGCCUAACUCAAAUGGGUCCCUCCUUGAACAUUGAUACAUGCUCGACCUCAUUUUACCAAUCUAUCCCUGUGGUAAAAUUUGUUGCUGACUGUCUUCGGCUUACAAACCCCUCCCAACCUUUCUCGGACAGGGAUCGUUUGAAGCUUAAGAAAGCCCUGCGCGGAGUUCGUGUUGAGACUACACACCAGCAGGGAAAAAGAAGCAUCUACAAGAUAACUGGGAUUACCCCUGUUCCAUUGGCUCAGCUGAGCUUUUCUUGUAACGAAGGCCCUCAGUUGACUGUUGUCCAGUACUUUGCACAACAGUACAAUUACCGGUUGCGCUACACUGCUUGGCCCUGCCUGCAGUCUGGCAAUGAUUCUAAGCCGAUAUAUUUACCAAUGGAGGUGUGCCAAAUCAUUGAAGGGCAGAGGUAUCCUAGGAAGCUCAGCGACACACAGGUGGCCAGCAUACUGAAGGCAACCUGUAAACGUCCUCAGGAGAGGGAGGAUAGCAUUAUUAAGAUGGUUCGCCACAACAACUAUUCAGCUGAUAGGAUGGCACAGGUGUUUGGGAUCACUGUGGCCAACCAGAUGGCUAAUGUGCAAGCCCGUGUUCUGCCCCCACCUAUGCUGAAAUACCAUGAAUCUGGAAAGGAGAAAACCGUUGCACCAAGCUUGGGGCAAUGGAAUAUGAUUAACAAGAAAAUGGUCAAUGGUGGAACCGUUCGCAGCUGGACUUGUUUGAGCUUUUCGCGGAUUCCGCUUCAUGUAGUAGACAGAAUAUGCGAGGACCUGGCUCAGAUGUGCAAUUCCAUUGGCAUGGAUUUCAAUCCAAGGCCAGUGACAGAAGUUCAGUCAGACUCGCCCAACCACAUAGAAGCUGCUUUAAGGGAUGUUCACAUGAGGGCUCCGAAUUUGCAGCUGCUUAUUGUGAUUCUUCCAGAUAUUUCUGGUCAUUAUGGGAAAAUUAAGAGGAUGUGCGAGACUGACCUUGGUAUAGUAUCUCAGUGCAUCAAUCCGAAGAAGAAUAAAAACAAACAGUAUUUUGAAAAUGUCGCCCUUAAAAUCAAUGUGAAGGUCGGAGGGCGCAAUACAGUGCUUGAGAGAGCCUUUGUGCCUAAUGGAAUACCUUUUGUCUCAGAUGUGCCAACAAUCAUUUUAGGUGCUGAUGUUACCCAUCCUACAGCAGGAGAAGAUUCUUCCUCGGCUUCUAUUGCAGCUGUGGUUGCAUCCAUGGACUGGCCACAGGUCACAACAUAUAAAGCACUGGUCUCGGCACAAGCACAUAGGGAAGAGAUUAUACAAAAUCUCUUCUGGACUGGUACAGAUCCACAGAAGGGCACUCCAGUGAACGGUGGAAUGAUAAGAGAGUUGCUGACUUCAUUCUAUAAGAGGACUGGCCGGAAGCCCCAAAGGAUUAUAUUUUACAGGGAUGGUGUAAGUGAGGGACAAUUCAGCCACGUUUUGCUCCAUGAAAUGGACGCAAUCAGGAAGGCCUGUGCCUCUAUGCAAGAUGGGUAUCUACCCCCAGUGACAUUUGUGGUGGUACAGAAAAGGCACCACACAAGGCUUUUCCCUGAAGUUCAUGGAAGGAGAGAUCUUACUGACAAAAGUGGAAACAUUCUUCCUGGAACUGUGGUUGAUACCAGCAUUUGUCAUCCCAGCGAGUUUGAUUUCUACCUUUGUAGCCAUGCUGGAAUUAAGGGAACAAGCAGGCCAACACACUAUCAUGUCCUCUACGAUGAGAACCAUUUCUCGGCUGAUGCGCUGCAGAUGCUCACAAACAGCCUGUGCUACACAUACGCACGCUGCACGCGCGCUGUCUCUGUUGUUCCACCAGCCUACUACGCUCACCUGGCAGCAUUCCGCGCGAGGUACUACUACGACGAGCAAGAUAGCACCGAUGGAACCUCAGUUGUCAGUGGCGGUGCCGCCGCAGCCGGCGGUGGUCCAGCUGCAUUCCGCAGGCUCCCCCAGAUCAAGGAGAAUGUGAAGGAAGUGAUGUUCUUCUGCUGA